AGUUCUUUCAUCCACACCAACCCAAAGACUUAUACAUGAAACUAAGGUCUCCCACAUUUGUCUGUUUGCUUGCAAAUUGUUGACGUAAAAGACCCGUGACAUUCUUUACUGUUUUACUAACUUUCACUUAUCAUUAACACUGCUAUAUAAGAAGCUCACUAUCUUUAAGUUUCACGAUAUAGCUGAGAGAGAGAGAGAGAAGAGACAGUGAAGAUAUUGUUAAAAAAAAGACAGAAAUGGGUAAGAACAAUGCCAGAAUCCUCAUCACAGUUCUUGCGAUGGUUUUAACCGCAGCAAUGAUGAUCCAAGAAGGUAAGAGCAUUCCCCUAUGUAAAGUCAACACAAAUGACUUGCAGAAAUGUCGUCCAGCGGUCACUGGAAACUACCCGCCACCUCCGACUCCCGCCUGCUGCACAGUGGCCAAAACUGCGAACCUUGAAUGUCUCUGCCCGUUCCUCUCCCGGUCCGGGAUCGACCCAGCAAAACUCAAGGCUCUUUUUGCCAAUUGUGGCGUUAACAAUCCCUCCUGUUUGCCAUGAUUGAAAAACUGAGCUGGAGUGUACACAGGGAAGCCUGCCUCAUAUUUUGUCAAUAAGUUAUAAUGUCUUAUGGUGUUCUCAAUUCGAAUAAAUCAACAACUUUUGCAAUUAUUUUUGAGUCACCUUUUCUAUUCAGAAGAACGUGAUCUAUCCGUUAAUGAAAACAAUAUUGUGUUCUAUUUU